UAGAGUCGACCCCUGCCGGCACCUGCCUCCGCCUCCCCGGCCCGCCCCGUGGAUCAGCCAGGUGCCACCGCACUCUGGGGACAGCUGGCCGGGAAGACCCAGAACCUGCUCAGGUUUCGGCAGAGAGAACGUCCAGGCCGAGAGAGUGGCGACCGCAGAUUUACAGGAAAUGCACAGAUCGCGAGUGGCUGAUCCUCUUCUUUCUCUUCUGGACUGGUUUGGUGUUCAUCAUGGGCUACUCGGUGGUGGCUGGGGCCACAGGAAGACUCCUCUUCGGCCAUGACAGCUUUGGCAACGUGUGUGGCAGGAGGAACUCCCCAGUGGAAGGGGCCCCACUCUCAGGCCAGGACAUGACACUAAAAAAACACGUGUUCUUUAUGAAUGCCUGCAACCUGGAAGUCAAAGACAGACGGCUUGGUUCCACUGUCCUCUGCGUGUCCAGCUGUCCUGAGGAGCAGCUCAAUACCCUGGAAGAGGUCCAGCUGUUUGCCAACACCAGUGGGUCUUUCCUGUGUGUCUAUAAUUUGAAUUCCUCUAACUACACCCGGAGUCCAAAUGCACACGCCUUGUGUCCCAGGCUGCCAGUUCCGCCGAGCAAGUCUUUUCCUUUGUUUAACCGGUGCAUUCCUCAGACACCUGAGUGCUAUUCCCUUUUUGCAUCUGUCUUGAUCAAUGAUGCUGACACCCUCCAUCGCAUUCUGAGUGGAAUAAUGUCUGGAAGAGACACCAUCCUUGGCUUGUGUAUCCUCGCAUUAGCGUUUUCUGUGGCCAUGAUGUUCACGUUCCGAUUCAUCUCCACUCUUCUGGUUCAUAUUGUCAUUUCAUUGGUUGUUCUGGGAUUGCUGUUUGUCUGCGGCGUCUUGUGGUGGCUGUACUAUGACUAUGCCCACGACCUCGGCAUAGAGUUGGACACGGAAAGGGAAAACAUGAAGUGUGUGCUGGCCUUUGCUGUUGUCUCCACAGUCGUCACGGUAAUCCUGCUCGUCUUGAUUUGUGUCCUCAGAAAGAGAAUAAAAUUGACAGCUGAGCUUUUCCAAAUCACAAAGAAAGUCAUCGGCAGCUGUCCUUCCCUGCUGUUCCAGCCACUGUGGACAUUUGCCAUCCUCGUGUUCUUCUGGGUCCUCUGGGUGGCUGUGCUGCUGAGCCUGGGAACUGCUGGCGCUGCCCAGGUUAUGGAAGGUGGCCAAGUAGAAUAUAAGCCCCUUUCGGGCAUUCGUUAUAUGUGGUGGUACCAUUUAAUUGGCCUUGUCUGGACUAGUGAAUUCAUCCUCGCCUGUCAACAGAUGACUAUCACGGGAGCAGUGGCUACUUGUUAUUUCAACAGGAAUAGAAAUGACCCACCUGCCCGGCCCAUCCUCUCAUCGAUCUCCACGCUUUUCUGCUACCAUCAAGGAACAGUGGCGAAAGGGUCCUUUGUCAUCCCUGUGGCGAGGCUCCCAAGAGUCGCUCUCAUGUACAUCCACAGCACUCUGUCAGGGAAGCAGCGGAGCCCGUGGUCAAAGGGUGCAUUCAGAUGCUGCUACUGUGGCUUCUGGUGUCUUGCCAGGUACCUACAUCAUCUCAACCAGGAUGCAUACACGGCCACUGCCAUUAACGGAACCAACUUUUCAACAUCAGCAAAAGACGCACUCACAAUCGUAUCCAAGAGUCCAAGUCAUUUCACAUCUGUUCACUGCUUCGGAAACUUCAUGAUUUUUCUAGGAAAGGUGCUGGUGGUGUGUUUCUCGGUGUUUGGAGGACUGAUGGCAUUUAACUACAACCGCGCGCUCCAAGUGUGGGCCAUCCCUCUACUGCUCGUUGCCUUUUUUGCCUACCUAGUGGCUCAUAGCUUCUUGUCUGUGUUUGAAACUGUGCUGGAUACACUCUUCCUGUGUUUUGCUAUUGAUCUGGAAACAAACGAUGGCUCGCCAGAGAAGCCGUACUUUAUGGACCAAGACUUUUUGAGUUUUGUAAACAGGAUCAACAAACUUGGUACAAGGUCCCAAGGAGACAAGGAAUCAUUAAGGCAUCAAGAGGGAACAGAACUCCGGCCCAUUGUGAGAUAGGAGCCCACGAGACAUCCGUACAUGGAAAACCUACCUUUAUUUGACUAUGUUACAUUACGGGAAUCAUAAAAGUCUACAGCAUUUUUGUAUGAACUAGGACAAGAGAAAAAAAAGUUUAAAGCUUUGUUAAUAUGCAUCUGUUAAAAAACUACAGUACAGCUGAGUGUGGUUGCACACACCUGUAAUCCCAGCAACUGGAAGGCUAAAUCCAGAAGAUUUUGUUAAGAUCAGCCUAGUGGCCAGAGAGAUGGUUUAGUGGCUAAGCCAUUUGCCAACAAAGCCUAAGGACCGAAGUUUGAUUCUCCAGUACCCACG